UUCCCCAAGUCACUCCCAACCUCUCCUAAGAGGCGCCGCCCCCAUUCCAGCCGACGCUCUCUCCCUCGCCCAGCACUCCCCUUCCCCGGCUCCCACCGCCCCACCGCUGACGCCACAAAGCCCCUGGACCGCCCGACCCCACGCCCCCACGCCCCUGGCCCGGCCGUGGCCCCCUGGACUUCGUGGGGGCAGACCCAGCCUUUCCCCGCAGCGAGCGCUCGGCCGGGUGCGCUAGGCGCUGUGCAGGGCCCCCCGCGGUGAGUACCCCCGCCUAGGCCACCCUCCUGUGGUGCCUGGGCCACGACCUAAGCCUAACCCGGUCCUCCUCGCCCUCCAACGCCCGGCCUUCCCGCCUCAGCCGGCCGCCGCGUCCCUACAGGGGCUAGCGCGCUUGGACAAGCCCCUCAACUUGGGAACCCGCCUCGUGUCUCCCAGGAGCCAUGGAGGCUGUGGAACUCGCCAGAAAGCUGCAGGAGGAAGCUACGUGCUCCAUCUGUUUGGACUACUUCACAGACCCUGUGAUGACCGCCUGUGGCCACAACUUCUGCCGCGCGUGCAUCCAGCUGAGCUGGGAGAAGGCGUGGGGCAAGAAGGGGAGGCGGAAGCGAAAGGGCUCCUUCCCCUGCCCCGAGUGCAGAGCAAUGUCCUCGCAGAGGAACCUGCUGCCCAACCGGCUUCUGACCAAGGUGGCCGAGAUGGCACGGCAGCAUCCUGGCCUGCAGAAGCAAGACCUGUGCCAGGAACACCAGGAGCCCCUCAAGCUUUUCUGCCAGGAGGACCAGAGCCCCAUCUGUGUGGUGUGCAGGGAGUCCCGGGAGCACCGACUGCACAGGGUGCUGCCUGCCGAGGAGGCAGUGCAGGGGUACAAGUUGAAGCUGGAGGAGGACAUAGAGUACCUUCGGGAGCAGAUCACCAGGACAGGGAAUCUGCAGGCCAGGGAGGAACAGAGCUUAGCCGAGUGGCAGGGCAAGGUGAAGGAGCGGAGAGAACGUAUUGUGCUGGAGUUUGAGAAGAUGAACCUCUACCUGGUGGAGGAAGAGCAGAGGCUCCUCCAGGCUCUGGAGAGGGAAGAGGAGGAGACUGCCAGCAGACUCCGGGAGAGCGUGGCCUGCCUGGACCGGCAGGGUCACUCCCUGGAGCUGCUGCUGCUGCAGCUGGAGGAGCGGAGCACACAUGGGCCCCUCCAGAUGCUGCAGGACAUGAAGGAACCCCUGAGCAGGAAGAACAACGUGAGUGUGCAGUGCCCAGAGGUUGCCUCUCCAACCAGACCCAGGACUGUGUGCAGGGUUCCUGGACAGAUUGAAGUGCUAAGAGGCUUUCUAGAGGAUGUGGUGCCUGAUGCCACCUCCGCAUACCCCUACCUUCUCCUGUACGAGAGCCGCCAGAGGCGCUUCCUCGGCUCUUCGCUGGAGGGCAGCAGGUUCUGCAGCAAGGACCGAUUCAUGGCUUACCCCUGUGCUGUGGGCCAGACGACCUUCUCCUCUGGGAGACACUACUGGGAGGUGGGCAUGAACAUCACCGGGGACGCGCUGUGGGCCCUGGGUGUGUGCAGAGACAAUGUGAGCAGGAAAGACAGGGUCCCCAAGUGCCCCGAAAAUGGCUUCUGGGUGGUGCAGCUGUCCAAGGGAACCAAGUACUUAUCCACCUUGUCUGCCCCAAUCCCCGUUAUGCUGAUGGAGCCUCCCAGCCAUGUGGGCGUCUUCCUGGACUUCGAGGCCGGGGAGGUGUCAUUCUACAGCGUGAGCGAUGGAUCCCACCUGCACACCUACUCCCAGGCUACCUUCCCGGGCCCCCUGCAGCCUUUCUUCUGCCUAGGGGCUCCGAAGUCUGGUCAGAUGGUCAUCUCCACAGUGACCAUGUGGGUGAAGGGAUAGAGAUGCAGGCCGGGGAACUCGGGCAUUGCCCCUGGCUCUGCAGAAGGUGUGGGCCUUCUGCUUACUGCAGGCCACCUGCCAGGGUUCUUUGGCAUCAGGCUGGCAGCCAUUAGACAUGCAGGGGGUUUCUCAAAGUCUAAAUAUAAUUGUGAUUAAAACUGUCAAACAUUAAGAGGGUAUAUAUUGACAGAUGCUUCCUAGAGGAAACUUUUGAAAGCCCCUGCAUUCUGAGUGGACCAUUUCUAAAUCCAUAUCUAUACAC